AUGGGCUUCACGGCUGGUAUCUGUCUCCUCCUGGCUUUAGCCACGGCCACAGCCUCUCUGGCCACACAGGUUCACGCCGCCAGUCCCGUGGUAGAUCUGGGUUAUGCAAAGUACCAGGGACUUUACAACAGCACGUACGGUCUCAAUGUGUUCAAAGGGAUUCGAUAUGCAGCUCCCCCUGUGGGAAAUCUGCGAUGGCAAGCACCACAAGCGCCACGGGUAAACAAGACGUCUAUUCUCUCCGCUGUCGACCAACCUCCCCUUUGUCCUCAAUCCGGAGGCGCAAAGCUUCCAGAGGUCUACGGGUUUAAUUCCGCCCUGGGUGAUGAGGAUUGUCUAUUUCUGAAUGUGUAUUCUCGGCCAGGAGCAAAGGAUCUGCCCGUUCUACUUUGGAUCCAUGGCGGCGGAUAUGGUCUAUACGGGGCAAUCUAUGACCCUAGCGAGUGGAUGAAGACAAACCAGAAUGGUUUUGUAUCCGUCAUGAUCCAGUACAGACUGGGCGCCUUUGGCUUCUUGGCCUCGGAAGAUGUCCACGAGCACGGUGCUCUUAACGCCGGUCUAUUGGAUAUGCGUUUUGCUCUUGAAUGGACACAAAAACACAUCUCCAAAUUCGGCGGUGAUCCCUCCCGUGUCACGCUCGCGGGUGAAUCUUCUGGGGCCGGCGCCGUGAUGCUGCAAGCGAUGGCUUAUGGAGGCAGAGAGGAUGAUCUGUUCAACAAUAUCAUCGCCGCAAGCCCGUAUACCCCGACUCAGUACAAUUACGACGACUCGGUGCCCACCAAUCACUAUUACGAGUUCGCGGCACGGGCAGGAUGCUAUCAUGGAAUCCACACUACCGAUUCAGUCUUUGACUGCCUCGUGCGUGCAUACACGGAUACAUUGCAAUAUGCCAAUGGAAAUAUCUCCACGUCGGGUGCCUGGGGCACGUUUGCGUUCUUGCCCGUCACCGACGGUGAUUUCAUUCGGGGGCUUCCAUCCAAGCAACUCCUUCAUAAGAAGAUUAGUGGCAAGCGCAUAUUGUCAGGUAACAAUGCCAAUGACGGCGUGCCGUUGAGUCCUCCAAUUAUAACCACUGACGGGGAUUUUUGGAAAUAUGUCAAAUCGACAUUUCCUCUAUUCACCCACUCCGACUACCUCGGGCUUCUUGACGCAUAUCGAUCAUGGACCCCUUCAGAAAGUGCCAUUCCCCUCUACGACACUCUCGGUGACCGCGGCCCAACCGCCUUAAAUCAGUCAGAGUUCGCAAACGGUCUGCAGCAGACAGUCUUCAACAUAUUCGCCGAAACAACCUUCGAUUGUCCCUCGUACUGGUUAGCGGACGCUUUCUCGGGACACCAUGGGAAAGAAAGCUGGAAAUACCAGUACUCCGUUACACCAGCGUACCACGGCUCAGACUUGACGGCGUACUUUUCCGUCGGCGAGAGACUGCCAACUCGUGGGUUCAGGCACGCAUUCCAGAAGAUCUUGGGUAAUUUCAUUAUCAAUGACACCCCCGUUAUUUCCAUCGUGGAUGCUAUGGGCGGUGCAAGCAAUGCCACUGUUCCUCGCGGCGCAGAUGGGAAUGUUUCUUGGCCGAGGUGGCACGAGUCUGCGCCCGUGUUGAUGAACCUGAACACCACGGGUGGGACGCUUGUCCGGGACACCGUGACUGAUCAUCUGGCUUACUGGCUCCGGGAGGACCCUGGAGUCACGAAUGAAUUUCGUCUGGCUGAUGCAGCCAGCUGGGAAGGUGGACGCAGGAAGAGAUGUGAUUUCUGGCGGAGUGUUGGUCCACGAGUGCCUCAAUAA